GUGUUACUAUUACAACUUGUGGCUGUAGCUGGAAGGGAUCAUUUUCUGCUGUGGCCAUCAAAAUGUCUUAAACUAUCUAUGUGAUGGGACAUAUUGUGAUGAUUUCGGGUCUGUCAACUGAUGACACAAUGUGACCAAGCUUUCCUAUCUUUAAUUCAGUGUAAAAUGGCUUUAUUUGUUACAUCUGCCUACCUUUUGGUUUGUUUUAACAAAUGCUAGAUUUGUUUAUGGUUAGUGCAGUCUCUUGCCUCUUUCCCCCUUAAAUGUAACUUUUUGCAGCUGCUAAAGAAGCCCUGAGGCUGUAUUACUGUCUGUAUUAAAUCUACAGCAUGUCUUAUCACCAAGACUCCAGUAACUGUGGGAGUAUGUGUGUUUUACUGUCACAUCCAGGCACUCUUUUUACAUGAAGGAAAAUAAGUGCUCUUGGAUAGUCUCUGUCAUUAUUAACUUUGUUGCCUUGGUUUUUCACAGAAACAUAAAAGGGAUGAAGUAUAUGAAUCCCAGGAGUGUGAUCUGGUCUGGAGCAUCGCUCUGUGCUCUCUUUCUUUGUCAGAUUCUUUCCAGUUUACAUCAGGCUGAAGUAAAGAGAGACUCGCAGGACUCCUCAUCACCAUCUGUUAUGAAUACAGAUGUCCAGGAACAAGUAGCAAAAAAUGGCAACAUUAAAAUGAUGGAUUUCCUAAAUAGUAGCAAUUGGGGGCUGGAAAACAUCUAAUUAACAGAACAUUCCAGGCCCGGAUGGUACCAGAAGAUCAUCUAGUCCCAGAGACUGGUCUUCACAAACAUGCCAUGGUUGAAAGAUAUUAACACAUUGGAAAACAGAAUGUUAAUGCUUGAUGGGAUGCCUGCAGUCAGAGUCAAAACAGAGCUGCUGGAAUCAGAACAAGGGUCUCCAAACACUCAGAGUUACCCAGAUAUGGAAGCUGUACCCCUGUUGCUGAACAGCAUGAAGGCAGAUCCAGAGGAAGACUCUUUGCCCACAGACCAUUUCCAAACGCAAACUGAGCCAGUGGACUUAUCAAUAAACAAAGCCCGAUCAUCCCCCAUUGCUUCAUCUUCACCGGUAUCCAUCACUGCAUCAGCAUCUUCUCCUUCUUCUACUUCAACUUCUUCUAGUCGUCCAGCUUCAUCACCAACAGUAAUAACAUCAGUAUCUUCAGCGGCCUCUGCUCCAUCAGUAUUAACUCCAGGACCACUUGUGGCAUCUGCGUCAGGUGUUGGAGGACAGCAGUUUUUGCACAUAAUCCAUCCAGUACCUCCUUCAAGCCCCAUGAACCUACAGACCAACAAAAUGAGUCAUGUACACCGCAUUCCGGUGGUGGUACAGUCAGUACCUGUGGUCUACACAGCUGUGAGAUCACCAGGGAAUGUGAACAACACUAUAGUAGUACCGCUACUGGAGGAUGGGAGAAGUCACGUGAAAGCACAAAUGGACCCACGUGGCCUGUCUCCCAGACAAAUUAAAAGUGACAGUGAUGAUGAUGACCUGCCAAAUGUGACCUUGGAUAGUGUUAAUGAAACUGGAUCUACAGCCCUCUCUAUAGCCAGAGCAGUUCAAGAAGAGAGCAUGUGGGGCUGUGCCAGGUCAGCUGUUAACACUUUUCGUUUUUUCAACUCCAGUUCAAUUUCACCAUUUAGUAUUGAGAGCACAAGACGUCAGAGAAGGUCCGAAUCGCCUGACUCUAGGAAGCGCCGGAUUCACAGAUGUGAUUUUGAAGGAUGCAACAAGGUAUAUACAAAAAGCUCCCAUCUGAAGGCUCACCGGAGGACGCACACAGGAGAGAAACCAUACAAGUGUACCUGGGAGGGCUGCACCUGGAAGUUUGCUCGUUCAGAUGAACUGACGAGGCACUACCGCAAACACACGGGAGUGAAGCCGUUCAAGUGUGCAGACUGUGACCGAAGUUUUUCCCGCUCAGAUCAUUUGGCAUUGCACCGCCGGAGGCACAUGCUUGUCUGAAAAAUGCUACCUUGUCCCCCACCUCCCUGGAAAAAGUACGGAAGUACCAAGAGCUGGGUCUCUUUUAACUACAGCAAAUUCAGCAGGGCUGAAUCCCAUUUUGAUGGCAUUAGCACAAAAGGGGGCAUUCCGCAUUGUCCCGUGCACACACAAAGAAGCAGGAAAUGUAGUGCCACAAUUCUCCUCCCAUCUGAAGUUGGCUUUCCAGUGUGGACAGAGCGGUCAGCUUCAGCUGGGAGAUAACAGCAUAAUGCUAGAAGAUCGGGCAUUAUUUUCUAACCCGCAUCCUUUUGAAAGUAUUUAUGGCUUGUACCUUUUCUCAACCAUCACAAUUUUUUUUCUUCUCUCUCUCCUGAAGAAAUAUGGCUAUUGCAAGGACCGGAUGUCACAUUGGAAAAGAAUAAGUCUUCUGGACCUCCACUUCAUCUGCUGCUGCUUCUUUCUUUCUUUCUUUCUUUCUUUCUUUCUUUCUUUCUUUUUAACUCUCAAAACACUUCAGAAUAUCACCAUCCUAGGUUGUUGAGUAAUCAACAAUCCACAAAGGCCAGCUAUAUGGACUGGAAGGAGGAGGGAAGUAAAUGAAGCCCUUGGAAGUGCAAGAAUUUCUCAGCACACUUAUGCAAUAAAUAUGGUGGUAUUUUUACAUAUUUACCCCCUUCAUCAUUGUGUCAGACUUUUAAGGUCCUUACCAGAAUUUAAAUUUUUCUUUUUAAAAAAUAGUUUUUCUUUUCUGUCAUUUUAAAAAAAAAUCUGCAAAGCUGGCAUCAAUAAUGUUUCUGUGUGAAAUAACUCUCUUUUUGUUUUAGACUAGGAUGAAGCAAUUUAAAAAAUCUGUCCUGGUUACAUAGUAGAACAUAUGUUUGACCAGCCUCCCCCAACCUGGCAUCCUCCCAGUUGUACUACAGCCCCCACCAACAUGGCCACUGGCUGGGGAUGGUGGGACUUGUCAUCCAACAAACCUCAAGGGCAGCAUGCUAGGAAAUGCUGUGUUAAACCCACCCUCACUAAGCCAAGAAAUGUUACUUGAAAGUUAAAGAGUAUUCAGAUGUGCAUGUAUACUUGCUCUCUCAUCAUUUGAUUACUGAACAGUUGUUGACUGACAAGCAAAUGUGUGAACUGGCUACUUUGCAGCAGAACUGGGGGGGGGGCAAUGUGGUAAACUUUCUGACCUGUUUUUGUGUGAUGGCUUGUUCACAUUUGCAGGUCCAACAGCUGAUGUUACCGCCAGUUGUGUUGAGCAUGUAUGUGUGAACCAACCAUUUAUUUCCAGUGUAGUGGUGCUUAGGAGUGCAGUAGCUAAGCUCCACUGAAAUGAAAGUCCAUGUAUUGGAAGUGAAGGACAACAGGAAACAAGUGGGUUUUGGUUUAGUACAAGAAAUUUCAGAGCAAAUUGCUGUUUCCCAGACACAGAACCUCAAUUCAAGAAGAAUAAAUGGGACUAAGUUCAGUUAGUAAUAAUAAAUCUUGCUUGUGCUAGUGAAAGUUUGUCAGAAAUAGGGAUGUAAAUCUUCAGUUAUUUUUAGGCCCACCUAAGGGGGGGAAAUUCAAAGGCUUUCUUACCACUUUGCCAGUUUUAGAGGGGGUCUUCCUCUAAUCUAUGCCUUUCAGGAUAUCUUUGCAAAAAUUUCAUUUGCAGAAGAAAUUUGUACAUGUUGUGCAAACUACAAAAAUCCUGUGUGAAGAAACUAUACAGGUUGAGUCUCUUUUAUCCAGAAUUUCAACAUCCACGUAGGUGGCUGAGAUAGUGACACCUUUGCUUUCUGAUAGCUCAGUGUACACCAGCUUUGUUCCAUGCACAAAAUUAUUGUGUAUAAAAUUCAGGCUAUGUGUAAAAUAAAUGAAUUUCUUAUUUAGACGUGGGUCCCAGCUCCGAUAUAUCUCAUUAUGUACAUGCAAAUAUUCCAGAAUCCAGAAAACUCUGAAAUCCAAAAAAUUUCUAGUCCCAAGGAAUUUGAAUAAAGGAGACAACCUGUAUUUUGCAAAAUGCAAUAUAUUCGAACAGAGAAAUGUACUUUGCACAAACUGCUGUGGGUUUUGUUCAAACAUUUAUCUUUUUGUGUGUGUGCAAAAAUAAUCCCAAAAUGUGAGAAAUCAUUGGAAAAUGCACAAUAGCUUUGGUUCCAUGUUGUUACAUAUCAAGAUACCCCUUCUAGUGGAAGACAGUACAACUUGUACUGUAAUGUUUUUUACAUCCCUAGUCAGAGCUUGCUAGGUGGCCAGAGUAGUGGUAUAAAUGAGCAGGGUCAAAGCGUUUGCAAAGUGUGCAGAGAAAGUGACUUUACGGAGCACAUCAAGCAGCCAGUAAAUGUCAGAGCCUGAUGUCUGAGAAAGAGCAGCAAGUGGUUUCCCCGCUCCCUUCCAAGUAAAGCUUAAAAUCCAAGCGAGGCAGUUUGUUUUGGCAUGUAAAGUCAAAUAUCCCACAGCUACCUCUUCCCAUCCCUGGCAGUAAAAUAAUUCAAUAGUAACAAACUAAUCAUCUGCUAUUUUGUUUUUUGUUUUUUAUAUAUAUCUAACCAGUCUGCUGACUGAGGUGAUCAUCUCCUUCUGCCUAAUAGAAGGACUUGUUAUUGUGAUCUAGUAAGAGGUAACUACUUUCCCCUCCACUUAUAAGAGAUGAGGCAGUAUUAUUGAAGAUGACACUUCAGUAGGAACCUUGUCUUCAUGUGUCUGACCAUUUGAAAAGAGCAAAUAAAGAAUAGUAGGCUGUCUUGUAUGUACAUCCAUCAAAGCUAAAAUAAUUACAUAGACCAUGCUGCAAUCCUUUUUUGGAAAGACUCUGGGAGGUGGACUUAUAAAUAUACUAAUGGGAGGGAAAUGUAAUGAAGUGCAUGUUAUAUCAUCACUGUUUCAGCAAGACAGAUAAGAAAUGGCUGGCCGUCUUUGUUGGUACGUGUUUGGACAAUUUUGGUAGUUAGGGAAACUAGAGAUUGCUACUCAAACAGCUUUCCCUUAACCUGGCACCCUCCUGGGGAACUACAACUGCCACUCUCUCCAGCCAGCUAGUGGCAAAUCAACAGAGUCAUUAUAAAUCUUAAGAAAUGUAUCAGCUAGCUCCCUUGGGAGUUAAAUAGUAACAGUCUAACUAAAUAAUUCAGUGCAGAAGGAAGUUUUCAGUCAUGUCCAUACAGUCCUGUACUGUAAUUGUUAAGCAACUUUUUUUUAUUAGCCAUACCAGAGGUCUUGCUCACCUCAAAUAUCUAAAAUACUCAGCUGGUGAGGAUUUGUCAUCUAUCCUGACAUGCUAGGAGUUGUUUCUUAAAGAUGAAAUACUACAAAAAGCACAGAAUCAAAGGGUGCUGUAUCCACAAGUCCUGGCCCUGUGCCUAUAACUGCUGAACACAUUUUAUAUUGGUGUCUGUGAAAGUUACACCAUGUAGGGUACAUAGAAAGUACAAUUUUUUUCAGGCUGUCUGCCAGCAGGAUAGACAGGAUCCACCCAAACUUAAGGAUUUAAGUUCUAUUACUUUCCAUGUGGAGAGUUAUGCAUAUGUUUAAUUUACACCUAUUUACAUUAAUUAGGAUUAAAAUAAUUCAAUUGGCUGGAUCAUUCCCAAUGCUUACAUAUCAGCUCUGAGUACUUAAGUAAAAUGACAAACUUGUUACUGUACCAUUUGUGGGACAAAAUUCAACAUUACAAAGAGAUUAGGGAAUGAGGUAACCUCCAAUUAUGACAAUUUCCAAAAUACUAUGUUGUCUUUGUUGGUGUCAGCUGAAUGCGACAAGAGGUUGGUGACCUUUUGUAUUUGAACAUUUGAACAACUGAUGCUAAACAUCUCAGUGAUAGCCCAAUGGCUCUCAUUGAACAAGUGUAGUUUGUCCAUUCCCUCCAAUGAGAAGAGAGACAUCAAAGGUGUAGACAACAGAAUAUUUCUAUGAGUGUCUGGAAAUGUUUCCCUCUCACAGAAGAGAGGGGGAAACCCAUUCCUAUGUUUAACAGUCUAUAUUUACAUAUAUGCUUCUAUCACCAGCCAUUUAGCUGAGAAGGGUUAUUUCCAGAUCUAUGUGAAUUUAUCUCAACAGCCUCACCCCUCUUAUAUUAACUUCAAUUUAUUAAUUGUUCAUAAUGAAGAGGAAAAUAUUUUUUUCCAAAUUAAAGCUACAAAGCAAUGACCAGGUUUUUUAAUCAAAUAUCAGGACCACAAUUUAGCUAUUACUAUAAGAAAGUUUGCAACUGCCACUAUUCAUCUCCACUGCUGUGCCAUCAGUGGUUAGAGAAGUGGAAGGAACUGGGUUUGCGUAGAAUAUGAGUUUGUCUGUCUGUCCAUCCCUCACCCCACCCCAGAUCUUUGCUUCUUUCUUUGUUCUUAAGAAUAUGCAGAAGAACGCCAUGAUUGUGAGAAGCAAUUUGUGGAGCAAAAUUCUAUCAGUAAUUGCUAAAUGGUACCUCCAUGUUCUGAAACUGUAGACAACCAUGAAAGGGGGGAGGCCUCACUACCACACCCUGUUUGUGUGUUUCCUCAGACAUCUGUUGGAUGGAGGUCCUGUCCUUAGUUCAGUAUGGAAAAGUGAUGCCUACACUUUUCCAUCAUGAUAUUACAUGCAGGUGUUAUUAGAACAGGAGUAGGCAGGACUAAAUGGUGCUGCAUGCUUGUGCCUCCCAGCAUCCUACAGUAGUAGUGGGUGUUUGGGACAUUAAAAGGCCUUUCAUGCCUUCUUUGGAUGUGAGAGGGAAAUCCACCAUGUUGUAGAGUGCUCUGACCUGGAUUAGGCUGGGAAGAGGGUUCAAAAUUUGAAAUAACCUUGGCCUAAAUCUAGCUGGGUGUAUAUAGCAUCCCAUCCUCUGUAACUGCUCACUCCUGUACUAGAACCAGGAAAGUGUACUUUGAUAGUAGACUGAUCAGCAAGGAAAGAUUUAAUUAUCAUCCCAUUGGCCGAAUCCAAGAACACUUGGAUGGCUGAUCAUUUGUCGGCUUGUUUCAUUAGGCUGAUCAAGUUCAUGGACUUUCUUUAGUUGUGGCUGCGGCAUACCCAUCUUGCCAUCUUUAUUUGUGCCUGCAUUAUCUCUGCAAUAUGCCAUUUGAUUAUCAGUUAAUUUGAUGUAUUCGUAUGGCUCUUUUCAUUUCAGUUUAGGAAUUUUCCAGUGAAUUAAUAUAUCCUAGAAUCAGUAGCUAAGUAACAUGUAUUUUAAGCCAGUUGAAUUUACUAAGCAAAGAAUCGCCUUCACAAAAGAAAAUGUGGAGGUUUUUUAAAUUAUUACCACUACUGUUAAAAGUAGCUCACUUUUAAAAAGAAAUCAGAUUCCAUUAGGAAUGCAGACAUAAUUCCAAUGUAUCUCUUCUCUGGUUAUCUGUUUGUUAAAACAGAAACGGGAGAUGCUCUCUUCCCCAUACCCCCCUCUACCCACAUAUAGUUGCACUGCUAGAAAAGAAAAUCAAAAAGCAUGUAUAAAGGCACAUUUCUUAAAAUGUAUUCUUAAAACCUGUAAAAAUAAAGUUGGGUUUGUGUUUGGAACUACAGAACAUUUAGGAAUAUCCACUUUUUGAUAACAUACUUCUCUGUAAAUUGUAACAUUUAAGUCAUACAAGUAAAAUCACUCCCUUAUUAGUAUCAUGGUAGCACAUUUAUGUUGUUGUGUUCUGGCCUUGAAGUUAUAAGGAUAACUCAUACAAAUUAAAGUGGAACAUCAGCUGUUGUAUUAGAGCAGAUGUAAUCUGGCAGUUUCCCCCCCUAGAGUAUUAACAAGCUUGUGUUUGCCUUCAUUGUAUAGGCAAACUUAACUACAAUCAAGUCCUAUUGGCCUACAUACAAUUGUUAGACCUGACACAGUAGAUAUCACCAUACAUAACUGCAGCAGUUUUAUACCGCAUUAACUGCCAAAGCUCCAGUCUGUGGAAUCCUGGAAUUUGUAUUUUGCUGUGAGGGAGUGGUCAGAAUUCUCUUUGAGAAAGCGCCAUUGCUAUACUUCCAGAGAGAGGACUCUGCACUCAGCAGCGGAGAGAAUUCAAGGUUGCUCACCAAACUACAAAUCCCAGGAUUCCAUAGGAUGGAGCCAUGACAGUUAAAGUGGUACCAAAUCACUAUAAGUGUGCAGUGUGGAUACACCCUUAGAGUAGACACAAUCAAUGGGAACCUGGUAAACUAACAUAUACAGUGGGCCCUUGUUAUAGGCUGUGGUUUGGUUCCAAGAUCCCCUGUGGAUAACUAAAUCCAUGGAUGCUCAAGUCCCAUUAAAUAUAAUGACAGAGCAAAAUGGUGUCCCUUAUU